CAUAAACACAAUCACACACUAAUCGAUCCAGCGCAAGUGUAAAAUUGGAAGCAACCAUGCACCAAUCUCCAUAUAUACACAAGAAAUCACCAACUAUGCUCGUACAAUAAUCCCCACGAUGGCAUCUGGCAAGCCGACAAACCCCGGUAUGGAGGACGACAACGACAUGGAGUACUCGUCGGCGGAAUCGGGAGCCGAGGACGCGGCGGAGUCGUCAUCGUCGCCGGUGCUGGCGCCGCCGCGGGCGGCUCCAUCGUCGCGGUUCAAGGGCGUCGUGCCGCAGCCCAAUGGGCGGUGGGGCGCGCAGAUCUACGAGAAGCACUCGCGGGUGUGGCUCGGCACGUUCCCCGACGAGGACGCUGCCGCGCGCGCCUACGACGUGGCCGCGCUCCGCUUCCGCGGCCCGGACGCCGUCAUCAACCACCAGCGCCCGACGGCGGCGGAGGAGGCCGGCUCGUCUUCGUCCAGGAGCGAGAUCGAUCCCGAGCUCGGCUUCCUCGCCGACCACUCCAAGGCCGAGAUCGUGGACAUGCUCCGGAAGCACACCUACGACGACGAGCUCCGGCAGGGCCUGCGCCGCGGGCGCGGGCGCGCUCAGCCGACGCCUGCGUGGGCGCGAGAGCUUCUCUUCGAGAAAGCCGUGACCCCGAGCGACGUCGGCAAGCUCAACCGCCUCGUGGUGCCGAAGCAGCACGCCGAGAAGCACUUCCCGCCGACCACUGCGGCGGCCACCGGCAGCAACGGCAAGGGCGUGCUGCUCAACUUCGAGGACGGAGAAGGCAAGGUGUGGCGCUUCCGGUACUCGUACUGGAACAGCAGCCAGAGCUACGUGCUCACCAAGGGCUGGAGCCGCUUCGUCAAAGAGACGGGCCUCCGCGCCGGUGACACGGUGGCCUUCUACCGGUCGGCGUACGGGAAUGACACCGAGGAUCAGCUCUUUAUCGACUACAGAAAGAUGAACAGGGAUGACGAAGCUGCCGACGCGGCGAUUUCGGAAGAGAAUGAGACCGGCCAUGUCGCCGUCAAGCUCUUCGGCGUUGACAUUGCCGGAGGAGGGAUGGCGGGAUCAUCAGGUGGCUGAAGGGCACGGCCGGCCGGUAAGUUCUUGGUCUUCUGCCGUAGUGUGAUUGCAAUUGCAUAGUAGUAUAUUGGUUGCUGGCUACUCGAUCUACAUUUCCAUUUCGGGAAGCAAGAAUAGACAGAAACAAUUAUUUAAUCACAUGAUCACACGAUAUAGAAGAUGCAGACAGAUCGGAGCAAGAGUUGUAAGAGAGGGACAGUUCAUUCGCAUUUUGUAUGCCCGUCUUGUCGAAUAGAUUCCACUAUUCGAGAGGGUUAUUAGAAAGUGACAAUUCUUUGUGUAGUUUUUAUGGUGUUCAUGUUGAAUGUGCGGUUACCUUUAGCAAGCCAAAUCUUCUUCUACAGCCAUGAUGGUUGUGCAGCUAGCCUUUAAUUGUUAUAUAUAUUUGAUUAUACUAGAUCAAUCUAUAUCAUAUUCCUGAUAGGCUGAUACAGUGCAGUCUACUGCCAUAUGAGUAUGUUGCACUAACAGGUUUGAUCAGGAGCCGUUAGACAUAAGGAGUUGCAAAAGUUCAUCUAUAAAAUAAGGAGUUGCAAAACCUUUUUCCAGAAAUGAAUUUAUAAGGUAGAGAAUCAUCUGUACUACUUUUAUUCCGGAGCAAUUUGUACAUUAAUCAAGGGAUUGCGUGUAUCAA